CUUGCAGGUUGUGGUAACCUCCCCCACUUAGUCUUGAUCUUCUUUGUGUGGUCUUUCGUUGCUCCUUGACCGUUUGGUAUCUGGCGGCAGCAGAAACUUGGCCGCCAGUUCGACGUCGAUACCGAUCGUCGAGAGGUAGCGGUACCGCACCGGGGAUUUCUGAGCCGCUUCGCUGCAAAGCCUCAAAUCACGAUGUCCUGCACCAAGUACGCCAGUACUUCUUUAUUCAAGAGCGUCAGCUGGAAUGGCGUCGCAAAACCAACGCAAGCCGCCGCCUCGAGGGCCUUCUCGUCGGUGCGCGCUGUACGAAACGGCCGAGCGAACUCUGGGAGAGGAGUUGCAGGCGCUUCCUCAACAAGGGCUCUGUGCAUGAACGCACCUACUCCGCUUGGCUCAUGCAGAAGCCUAGCCACCGAGGUCUCUCGCUCGCCUGCCUUUGCAAAACUUUCGGGCGAAGACAUUGACGCACUAGCGCAGUGCCUGUCGUCGCCGGAAACCAGCUUGCUCACGACGAUCAAGCCGGCGUCCUCCUCGACCAACGUCAGCCAAGUGGCGCCGGAUGAGCUGGACGGGUACAACAACGAUUGGAUGGAUAAGUACCACGGCAAGUCGCAAUGCGUCAUCAAGCCCAAGUCUACCAAAGAGGUCUCCAAAGUCAUGAAGUACUGCUACAGCAAGAACAUUGCUGUUGUCCCUCAGGGCGGCAACACUGGCCUGGUCGGCGGCGGGGUGCCCGUGUUCGACGAGGUCAUCAUCAACCUCAGCAAACUGAACCAAGUCCGUUCGUUUGAUGCUACCGCAGGCACGCUCGUUUGCGACGCUGGCUGCUUGUUGGAAUCUCUCGAUAACUACGUCGCAGAAAAGGGGUACAUGAUGCCGCUGGACCUGGGAGCAAAGGGAAGCUGCCACAUCGGUGGCAACGUGGCAACGAAUGCAGGUGGGCUGCGUUUCCUGCGGUACGGCUCUCUUCAUGGUAAUGUUCUCGGUCUUGAAGUUGUUCUUCCAGAUGGAACCGUGCUCGACGGGCUUAGCACCCUGCGCAAGGACAACACCGGUUUCGACCUGAAGCAGCUUUUCAUCGGGAGUGAAGGGACCAUCGGCCUCAUUACCGGCGUCUCGAUCAUCACGCCGCGACGGCCCGAGGCGCAGAAUGUUGCUGUAUUUGGUCUCUCAAGCUUCGAGGAUAUUCAGAAUACUUUUGUUAAGACCAGGCAGCACUGCGGAGAGAUUCUAUCGGCAUUCGAGUUUAUGGAUCAGGAUGCGUUCGAUCUUGUCCAGAAGCACGCGACCCGGGGCGUGAAGGAUCCAUUCAGCGAUCGAUAUCCAUUCUACGUCCUCAUUGAGACCAGCGGCAGUAAGAAGGACCAUGACGAUGAGAAACUCACUGGCCUGCUUGAGGAGCUUAUGGAGUCCGAAACAAUCGUCGACGGCGUACUGGCUCAAGAUGAGUCGCAAGCACAAGGGCUGUGGGCUCUGCGUGAAUCAAUCCCGGAAGCAGCAGGCAAGCUUGGCAGCGUGUUUAAGUACGACCUGAGCAUGCCGAUCGCGAAGAUGAACGAGCUAGUCGUGGAGAUGCGGAAUCGCUUCGAACAGCAGGGCGUCAUGGGCAACGGUAUCAAGACAGUCGUCGGCUACGGGCAUAUCGGCGAUGGAAACCUGCACAUCAACAUCGUCGCAGACUCGUACGACCCGAAACUCGAGAGCGUUAUCGAGCCGUACAUCUAUGAAUGGACGAGCAAUGUCAACGGUUCCAUCUCUGCUGAGCACGGGCUGGGACUGAUGAAGGCCACGAAGAUAGGGUACUCGAAGAGCGCGACGUCGAUCGAGUACAUGAAGAAGAUCAAGGAGGUGUUUGACCCGAAGGGUAUUCUAUCGCCGUACAAGUACAUUCAAGUAUGAGCAGAUCCAUCAGGUGACAGCUAAAUGUAUCUUACAAGUGCAAGAGAGUUUCGCAGGUAGGUUUGCGGCGAGGCGUCCGCAAAGCCCAACACCCUCCACGCUCCCGUGUUCUGCACCAUACAAGCAAGCAUGGAGAUGCCGCCGGUGAGCUGAGAACAGAAGCGAGAUGUGACGUAUGGAUGGAUGGAUGCAUACAUGUAGAGUGUACUGUAGCGCGACAUGUAGAGAU